CAGUGUGCCUCGGUUUUUAAGUUAAAAAAAAGUUUAGAUAGACAUGAAAAAUUACAUACUGGUAUACUUUACCGAUGCACAGUAUGUGCAAAAACAUUCAAAGACGAAUCCAACUUGAGGAGACAUUUGAAAAAAGUUCACGCUAUCCUUCACGCACCCGCUACAUUGAGUCCUCAACGAGAGAGUGUUAUUAAGUAUGCACCUCGUAUUAACCGACCUGCUGUUCCAACCGACAGUUCAAACAUAAUGUCAGAUGAUGACAUUUGUAUGGCUGCCAUGGCCAACUUUGAACAAGAACAGGAGGAUCGAGAAUACUGUAUUGAAAUUGCACCGCAAAUUUUUGUUCCUGAUAUUCAGGCUGGUUGUUCAAACAUAAUGUCUGAUGACGACAUUUGUAUGGCAGCCAUGGAAAAUUUUGAAAAAGAAGUGCAGAACGUUAAUAAAGAUUCUUAUACUACCGGUGUUAAUGGUAAACGCGUUUCCACCGCCAACACCUCAUCCGCUGUUAGGUCGAAAAAAAAGCGUAUACAUUUUGUACAAUCCCCCGGUUUUGUAGAAAUCUCAGCCUCUAAAGCCCGAACAGUUGUGUGGUACUAUGCUAAAAAUACGGGGGGUAUCCAAAAUUAUACUGACUUUCUCCGCUCUCUCGAAUCCGAAUUAAAGCAGUUGUUAAAAACACGAGUACAGGAGCAUCCUAUUAAGUUCAAUUUAAAGCUUGAGGCCAGCUAAAGUAUUCCAUCAGUGCCUAAUUCAAUGGAGAAUAGGGCAUUUAAAACAUCUGCGGUCGAGAUUUUUGUAGAGAGCGAUAUUUCGACAAUAAUACAGGGGGCGUAUGAUAAAUUGUUAAGUGAAAACGAAACAUACGCAAGUAGAGG